CGCCCACGUGGCUUUCGUGGCAGCCAAUCGCGACGCUCACGGCGGAGCCACGAGCCAAUCAGCAGGCGCGUCGUGGGCGGAGACUUCGCGCGCAAAGUUUUCCCGCCAAAUUCGCGGUGACGGCGGCGGUGGCGGCCGCAGCAGCAGCAGCAAGCAGCAGCCUCCGUAGAACGUUGUCGUUUAUAAACAUCGCAACAUUUCACAUUUACGCGUACACGAGCCUCGUAAGAGGAAAGCAACUCUCUCGCCAUGGCCGAAUGGGACGACUUCGACGGGUUCGAGGACGAGUUCGCGGACGAGUUGGAAGUGUUGAUGGAGCGCGACCACGAGUCGAACCGAAAAAAGGAAGAGCCUCGGGUCGCCCGUCGCAAUGUGCAGCCCACGUCCUUCGAGGAGGCCCUCCAGUCGGGGGACGUCGGGGCCUCCACGAAUCCCCCCGGAUCCAGAGAGAUCCACCCCAGCAAGAGGGACGCAGAAGACAUGCUGGCGAGCGCGGUCAGAGCCCCUACCACGCCCAAGCGCAAGAGGCCCCGACUGGAUGCCAUCAAGCGGCUGGAAUUUACGGCCGAUCUCCUGCCCAAACCUGCGCCCACCGAACCAGUGGCCUCCCAACCCGGGGAUGAGUCAAGCGGGAGCAACGACAACGACCUCAGCGGCUUCCACGACCUCGACGCCUCCCCACCCGACGUACUGGCAGAUAGACGCGGCGGCCAACCCAAGCAGGCGUUAUCGAUCGCCUCCGCGGACGCCAUGGCGACCGCCGCGGUGGCUGCUGACGUGGCGAGGAAGCGGGUCCUGAAGCGGCCGCCUGUGACGGACGACUUUGUGAACGUGACGGUGCCGGGUGGCGACCGCUACUACUUGGCGCUGGGUGCGGACAGCAGCAGCCACGCUGCUCCCAUGAAUCCAGACUUGAGCUUCCGGAGCCAAAUGUCGCUGCAGCUUUUGAGCGUGCCGUUCGCGAUGCUCAAAGACCAAGUAGUUAGGGAGAGGCACGCGAAGGUUCUGGAAGAGGCUGAGAGAUUCGUCACUUUGCUUAACAGCCGAGUGGCUCAGGAGAUCGAGGACUCGGAGGAGUUGGGUGGUGAGGGCGGUGGCGGUGAUGAUGAUGGAGGCGGAGACGAGGUGGAUGGUGACGAUGGGACAAAGAGCAAGGGGCUCUGGGUCGAUCGUUUCACCCCACGGCACUACACGGAGCUGCUCAGCGACGAUUACAUGAACCGCUGCCUCCUCAAGUGGCUCAAGCUGUGGGACAUGGUCGUGUUCGGCCGCGAGAGGAAGAAGAAGCCACCGCUCGUGACGGCAAACGAGGAGCAGCUGCAGGAGCAGCAGCAACAUAAGAAACAGGGCGACAGCAGGCAGCAGUGGGGGCAGAAAAAAAAGAAGGGCGAGUGGCUGCCGAGGGAUGAGUGGGAGAAGAAACAGGGCUGGACUCGCAAGGGUGGCGGCACCAACAAGAACUGGAAGAGCAAAGCUCAGAUCACGGAGGACAUCCUGGAGGAUGAGCUGGAUGCACACAACCGUCCCAAGUACAAGGUGGUGCUGCUGUGUGGGCCUCCCGGACUGGGUAAGACAACGCUGGCGCACGUGGUGGCGCAUCACGCCGGCUACAACGUCGUGGAAAUGAACGCCAGCGACGACCGGAGCCCCGAGGUGUUCCGCACGCGCAUUGAGGCGGCCACGCAGAUGAAGUCGGUGCUGGGUGCGAGUGAGCGGCCUAACUGCCUCGUCAUCGACGAGGUGGACGGGGCGCCCUUGGCGGCCAUCACCACCCUCCUGACCCUCGUGAACCGGAAGGACACCAAGGAGACCGGUGGGGCAGCACCAGGGGGCCGACGGCGCAAGAAAGAUGGAGGCCUCUUGCUCAGGCCCAUAAUCUGCAUCUGCAACGAUCUGUAUACUCCUGCAUUGAGGCCGCUCAGGCAGCAGGCGUUCACGCUCGCCUUCCCGCCCACCAUGCCAUCGCGACUCGCACAGAGACUCCUCGAGAUCUCGACCCUACAGGGCCUCCACGUGGACAUGGGCGUGCUCCUGGCUCUCUGUGAGAAAACCGAGAACGACAUCCGCUCAUGCAUCAACACCCUGCAGUUCCUGCAGGGCCGGGGACAGAGUGAGCUGAACAUCCACACGGUACAGUCCCUGAGCAUCGGCCUCAAAGAUCAGACCAAGGGGCUCUUCCCAGUGUGGAAAGAGAUCUUCCGGCUGCCUCGGCCACAGCGAAAGCGGGUGAGUCGCGACGCUGCCGGUGAGCUGUUCCCCACGGCGCCCUGGGAGGUCGGCGUGGGCCCCACAGAGGGGCGCGCCACGAUGAGCACGGGCGCCGCCCGAUUCCACAGCUUGCUUCACCUCGUCUCCGCCAACGGAGAGUACGAGAAGCUGACGCAGGGCCUGUUUGAGAACUACCUGGCCGCGCGCGUCAAGGAUCCCCGCAUGGAGCUCGUGUGCCUGGGCACCGAGUGGCUCUGCUUCCAGGACCUGGCAAGCUGCUCCAUCGCCCGUGGCCAGAACUACGUGCUUAUGCGCUACCUGCCCUUCGUGGCCGUCGCAUUCCACUUCCUGUUUUCCUCCAACUCGCCGCCACGCCUCAACUACCCCAACAGCAACUUCGAGAUGCAGAGCAAGCUGGCGCAGUCGCAGAACCUGGUGACGAGCAUGAUCGGGGAGGCGUCGGCACACAUCAGAACCCACGUGCCAGCCCUCGCCCUCAUUCUCGACUCCCUCUGCCUCAUCCUCGACAUCGUCUCGCCCAAAAUGCGGCCCGUGAACACGCAGCUGUACAGUGCUCGGGAGAAGCAGCAGCUGUCCGAGUUGGUGGCCACCAUGCUCGCAUACAACCUCACCUACCGGCAGGAGCGCACGCAGGACGGACAAUACACCUACCUGCUCGACCCCAACAUGGAGGCGGUGGCACGCUACCCGAGCCUGCCCCAGCGCAAGCAGCUGUCAUACCAGAUGCGGCAGCUGAUAGCGCGCGAGGUGGAGUUGGAGCGGAUGCGGCGCACAGAGGCCGCGGCGAUCGCACGCAACUCGACUGAGCGCCGGGACGGGACCGGUGCAGCAGGCGCCGCCAGGGCACAGACAGCGGGACCCAAGAACCACCAGAAGCGCUUGGAGCACUCGCUUCGCAGUAUCGUCGUCAACGACAAGUUGGCGCCGCCCGAGACAGAUUUCUUCGGCCGCCCUGUGGUACGACGGGAGCCAGUGCUGGCAGUUUCAGUGGACGGCGUGCCGGAGCCAGAGUCCAUCGAGCGGCGCAUUGGGAGGGCGGUGGGCGCCAGUGAUGUGUGGUUCCGCUUCAACGAGGGCUUCUCCAACGCCGUGCGCCGCAACCUGCACGUGAAGGACCUCCUGUGAACGUUUUGCCUAUCGGAGGCGUCGCCGGCCGUGUUUCUCCAGGACUCGGUGAAGACUUGAACAACCGAUGAGCACCGUUUGACGUGGAACUCGUAAAAUAUCAUCACCUUCGUAACACGACGAGGACCGAUCCGUGCGCGCAUCUCAUCUUGUUCUCCAAAGGUCGAAGCAAACGAUGCCCGGAUGAAAGUGCUCUGCGUUACCGUGUGGGAACGAGAUGUGAACUUUUUAUUUGGAAAGAGAACGUAUGCAAUACAAC